CAUCCACCAUGGGCUGGCUCACGAUCGGGGUGGCCUGCUUUGGCCUGGUCCUGUACCAGAUCAUCCAGGGCAUCUACCGGCUUUACUUCCACCCUCUGCGACACAUCCCCGGGCCCAAACUGGCGGGCCUCACGCAUCUGUAUGACUUCUACUAUAACGUCAUCCAAAAAGGAAGAUUCAUCCACCACAUUGGAGACCUGCACAAGGAAUAUGGCCCGAUUGUCCGCAUCACCCCCGACGAGGUGCACAUCAACGACCCGACGUUCUACGACGAGAUCUACGCCCCCGGCCGGCGGCGACGCGACAAGCCCUGGUAUUACAUCCCCAUCGGCGGCCUGCCCAGCUCGACCAUCACCACUCUCGACCACGACCACCAUCGCAUGCGCCGGGCGUUCGUCAGCCCGUUCUUCUCGCGGCGUGCCAUCCAGGAGCUGUCCAGAGUCACCGAGGGGUCCACCCUGAAGCUGAUGAGUCGACUGCAACGAUUCUGUGACGAGGAUCAGGUCGUCCGUCUCGAUGAUGCCUUUGCGGCCAUGGCAUCGGACAUCAUCACCUACCUGUACUACGGCCACAGUCUAGGAUUCCUGGAUAGCGAGGACUUUCGCAGCGACAUCCGGCUGCUCGUGAACGAGACCGCGGCGACCUGCCAUAUCAAUCGCUUCUUCCCGCUCCUGUCCAUGGUGUUGAGCAUGAUGCCUCCCCGGUGGUUGGCCCUCAUAAAGCCCGGGUCGGGGCAUCUGUUCGAAUAUAUCGAGAAACUGUCUCGGAUGGCCGCGCAGGCACCUCCAGCCAUUGAUGCCGAGGCGGACGACGAGGGGGUGAAGAAACGCCCACUGUACAAGACCAUUCUGGCCCGACUGCGCGAUCCACAAAUCCCACCGGAGGAGCGAACCGUCACUCGGCUCCAGCACGAGGGGGGCGUCUUUCUAGGUGGAGGCACGGAGACCACGGCCAGCACUCUCACCUUUGCGUCGUAUAUUCUGGGCACCCAUCCGGAAAUCGUGCACCGACUGCGCGCAGAGAUCAAGGAGGUUCUCCCUACACCGACUAGCAGAGCCACCUGGGUGGAGCUGGAGAAGCUGCCCUACCUGACGGCAUUUAUAUACGAAACCCUCCGCCUGGCCUACGGACUCAUCUUCCGGACCGGCCGCAUCGCGCCCACCGAGACCCUGCAGUACAGAGACUAUGCUCUCCCUCCAGGGACCAUCAUGAGCUCGAGCGCGUAUUUCAUCCACCGCGACCCCAUCCUCUACCCCGACUGCGACAAAUUCGAUCCGGAGCGAUGGCUGCAGGGCGAAAAGAGCGAGGACCUCAAACGAUACCACGUUAGCUUUUCCAGAGGCAGCAGAUCGUGUGUUGGCAAGAAUCUGGCCUGGAACGAGCUGUACUUCACCAUCGCGUACAUGGUGCGUCGGUUCGAUUUCGAGAUGCAUGAUACCACGGCGGAGGAUAUGAAGAUUGUGGGGGAGACGAUCUUUCCGGUUACGACUCGGGGACUGGUGACGGUGUAUGCGAAGGUGAAGGCUGUGGAGUGAGUUUUGGGGGGGGGAUGUCUGCCACGUAGUCAAUAUUGGAGACUUGGGGCAGUGAAUGGGUUUCCCAGACCGCAUAUCCGUCCCACUACGACGUUUGCCCUCUGGUAUUCUCUUCCUUUUGCCCUUACACCCGAUUACAGCACCUUUUGAGGCUCUGUCUAGGUCUCCUCUUUCCCAUUUCGACGGCAAUAUACAGACCAAUAUACAGACUGCCCAUCAUACACCACUGCCCCUCUCUUCAUGACGGUGACUUUACCAAACCGAGGCUUAGAAACUCUGGAUACACAAGUUGCAUGCCACCCGAACAAAUCCAAGUAAAAACUCCCGUCUGUACUCUACAAAUCC